CUCAGAGUGUUUGUUAUAGAAAAAGUGUCUGCCAUUUUUUUCCUCGAAUAACUAUCACCAAAGUACUUUGUUUUCUUCUGUAAUUGAUGAGAGAUGAGUGUCAACAGUAAUAACUAUGAUGUCUGCAUUAAUGGAAACUGACAGGGUUAGCUCUCUUGUUCUUGUCCACGCGCUGUGGUUGUCAUUCGUCCCAUGGAUUCUUACGAAGUCUGUGGACGACUAUGGUACAUACGAUGUCCGCCUGGUCGGGGGUUCAGACACCGUCCCAAACGCCGGCAGAGUUGAAGUCUGGAACACCGACUCCUCCGAGUGGCUUCCUGUAUGUGCUAGUUACUGGGAUUUCAGAGAUGGUCAGGUAGUCUGCAGAGAGCUUGGCUACCCCGGAACGCUAUCCGUGGACUAUCAUUACAGAAACGACAACAUGACUCGCACUGCCGGUGGAUUUCAAUGCUAUGGAACUGAGACAAGUUUAUCAAGAUGUCGUCGGUCACCCGGUACCUCAUGCUUGGGAUUGCAGGCGGGAGUGAAAUGUUCAGCUCCGGGUUACAUAGGAUGUUUCUAUGUGUACAACCCGUCCGGAUACAGUCCCAUCUUCUGGACAUACAAAGCCUACAGCGACUGGUCAGUAGGGACGUGUGUCCAAGAGGGUAGACGUCUCUAUGGGCAGGAUUCGGACUUCCCUCAGUAUCUCGGGGUGAGACAGCCAGUGUGUUGGUUCAACUUGAGACUGAGUCGAUUGGAAGGCCGUAGACGAUCGGAUGCCAUGUGUGACUUCAACUGCUUUAAAACAGCAGGGGAAGAGUGUGGCGGUAGCACAACGAUUGCAGUCUAUGACGUGACUCUUGCCUACUGCAAGGAUCCGGGCAAUGUAACGAAUGGCACCCGUGUCAUAGACCACGCGGCAGACGAGUUCUACUUUGGCACUAUUGUAAGAUUCUGGUGCGAUAUCGGCUUCGAGCUACUUGGUGAAACAGCCAUACAGUGUGUCAACGGACAAGCUGAUGUCAGCUGGAAUGGCUCUUUACCUUCUUGCUCGAAACUGAGGCAAACGGUUCCAACUACCGCCGUGGUUACUGAUGAGCCAUCAAACGGUCCCGAGUCAACUCACGUGUCCCCAAUGGUCACAACAGUUACAGAGCCACACAGUCAUGUGUCCCAAAGGGUUGCCAAUGUCACUGUCACUGCGCUAGAAGCUCAAGUUACUCCCGGGUUCACUAAUGUAACUGUGUCAGAAACUCGCGUGACACCGAUGAUCCACAAUGUCACUGGCACCACCUCGAGAUUAUCUAACCUAACUGUUACUGCUCCAGAAACUCAGGUGACCUCAGAGGUUACCACUGUCACUACGUCAAGAUUAUCUAACCUUGUUGUCACUGCGACAGAAUCCCACGUGUCCCCAAGGGUCACCAAUGUCACUACGUCAAGAUUAUCUAACCUGACUGUCACCGUGACAGAAUCCCACGUGUCCCCAAGGGUCACUAAUGUCAGUGUGCCCGAUACUCAGGUGACCACAGAGUUCACCAAUGUCUCUGUCACUGCGCCAAACACUCACGUGUCCCCAAGGGUCUCUAACCCCACUGUCACUAAGCCAGGAACUCACGUGUCCCCACGGAUCACUAAAGUCCCGGCACCAGAAGCUCAUAUGACUUCAGAGGUCGAUUAUGCCAUUGUCACUGCACCAGAAACUCACGUGUCCCCAAUUGUCACUAGUUUCCCUGCGCCAGAAACUCAGGUGACUCCAGACUUCGUCAAUGUCACUGUCACUGCACCAGAAUCUCUGGUGUACCCAAGGGUCGCCAGCCCCACUGUCACUAUUCCAGAAACCAAUGUGACCACAAGGGUCGCUGAUGUCACUGUCACUAAGCCAGAAACGCCCUUGUCCCCGGGGGUCGCUAAUGUCACUGCCACUGAGCCAGAAACGUAUAAAGUGAACUCAACUGUUCCCAAUGUAAAUGUUGAUGCAUCAGAAACCAAGUUGUCACCAAAGGUCACACAUGACACUGUCACUGUACCAGGGACUCAAGUGACUGUUGUCACCGUCACUACACCGGUACCAGGAGUGAAAGGGACCCACGAACCAGUACCAGAAGACAGGCAGAAUUGCUGGAUGAACCUUGGACUAAUCAUCGUGAUAGUGGCUGGCAUCGCAAUAUGCAUACUCCUACAUGCUACCAUGUUGAUACUAUGUUUCGUUCACAUAAGGCAGAGACGAGUGAAACGCUAUACGUUUCUCACAAUUGACAAACGAGCCAGAGCCUCCGGCCAAGAAAACGGCCACUGCCGUCUUGAAGGCAGUGGGGCCCCGAGUUCCGCUCCACGGUACUCGUCUGUUCUACGGGGUGACAGAGGACCAAGAAUCGAUGGAGAAAAUAACAACAACGAAACGACACGCGACGUCAUUAUGAUGCAGUGUUGCGAUUCUCAAUGGGUGGAAAAUGAAACGUACGAAUCUGUCGGUUUGGCGGGAGAUUCUGUCCCCCAUGUGACAAACUGUGCAGAAACUUCUUCUGAUAGCGCCCUCUAUUGAAUCACCAUUCUUCAUCCCAUGAAUUCCCAUGGGAGACCGAAUCUGAUGCGGACAGAGUUCCCUGGGGCACCGGACCUCCCUGAAUGUGAGGGAUCUUGAAUCCGUCAUUGAGUGAACUGAAUAAGUAAAUAAUUUUUAGGGUGUUAUGACCGAGCGGUUUAAGAGCAUCAAAUUCAAGUUCUGGUGGUUUAGUCAUCGGAGUGUGGGUUCAAAUCCCGGUCAUGACACUUGCGUCCUUGGGCAAGAUACUUUAUUAUAAUUAUGCGCUUCUCUUCACCCAAUGUAUAGACUUGACUCAAGUCCCAAUCCCGUUCCAAUCGCAGAAAACUACUGCUUCGUGAUGCUUAGCGUUCCCCCGACCUGUUCAACAUUUUGACGGCGGCGUGUAUGCCUAGGCUAGGGACCUCUCGCACGAGAAUGGGACUUGAAUCAAGUCUACACCCCCAAGGGUAAACCCAAACUAUAAGUGGGUACAUGCAAGGGUAGCGGUUGAUUUAGUGUAUUAUCAGACAUUGACGUUUGGCAGACAGGCCUAUACAGUUCUCACACAGGACUUGAUUUCAUAGAUCUGCAAGCUUUAUAAGCACACCACACUACUUGGCUUACCAGAGUUUAAAGGCAGUGGACACUAUUGGUAAUUACUCAAAAUAAUUAUAAUCGUAAUGACAAAUGGGGAGCUAGUGAGAAAUGUCUCCCUCUGAAGUAACGUAGUUUUCGAGAAAGAAGAAAUUUUCCACAAAUUUCAUUUUGAGACC